UGUGUCAUUGUCACGUCACACUGUCAAAUUUGUUUUGUUACUUGUUUCUGUGAGAAUCAAAUAAAAUAAUUUUGAAACAAAUCUGAUUUUCGAAAUAUGGGGAAUGUUGACACCAAAUUAAAUUUCAGGAAGGCUGUAGUGCAACUUACCUCAAAGUCAGAACCUAUAGAUGCAAAUGACGAUUCCUUCUGGGAACAAUUCUGGUCUGAGAAUGUGACACAUGUACAGGAUAUUUUCACUUUGGUUCCAGCUGCUGAAAUUAGACAGUUACGAGAAGACGCUCCUUCAAAUUUAGCAACAUUAUGUUACAAAGCUGUUGAAAAACUUGUAAAAGCUGUGGAUAACAGUUGUAGAACACAUUAUGAACAACAAACUGUUUUGAAUUGUGUGCGAUUACUUACAAGAAUUUUACCCUACAUUUUUGAGGAUUCAGAGUGGAAAGGAUUUUUUUGGUCCUCAUUACCUAACCAUGGUGAGGAUGAUGAAGAAUCUAUUCCCUUAGCCCACUCUCUUUUGAAUUCUGUAUGUGAUUUACUAUUUUGCCCUGAUUUCACGGUAUUGGCUGGCAGGAAGAGUGGGCCAGAUAAAGCAGAAGAGUUAUCGGCAAUUGACAGCUGUGAAUAUAUCUGGGAAGCCGGAGUUGGCUUUGCACAUUCUCCUCCAAGACACCCAAAUUUUGAUUCAAAUCGUACUGAGUUACUAAAACUCCUUUUGACUUGCUUUAGUGAAACCAUGUACCAACCGCCAGCCGACAUAAGUGAAAAUCCCAAUAAAUGGAUUCUGCACUUGACAUCAGCAGAAAAUAGACAUGCCCUCCCGAUGUUUACAUCCUUAUUGAACACAGUAUGUGCAUAUGAUCCAGUAGGUCUUGGUGUUCCUUAUAAUCAUUUGUUGUUCAAUGAUUCUCUCGAACCUUUGGUGGAGUCUGCUCUUCAGAUUCUUAUUGUUACAUUAGAUCAUGACACAAGUUCUUCUACUCCCGCCGAAAGUGAAGACGUUUCUGUUCCUGACAAUCUCUUUAUAAAUUACCUGUCUCGAAUUCAUAGGGAUGAAGAUUUCAACUUCAUAUUGACUGGAGUAACUAGAUUAUUGAAUAAUCCAUUAGUUCAGACUUAUUUACCCAAUUCUACCAAAAAAGUUCAUUUUCAUCAAGAGCUUUUAGUUUUUUUUUGGAAAAUGUGUGAUUAUAAUAAGAAAUUUUUAUACUAUGUUUUGAAAAGUAGUGACGUUUUGGAAGUACUUGUACCCAUUCUGUACCAUUUGAAUGAUUCUAGAGCUGAUCAAUCUCGUGUUGGUCUAAUGCAUAUAGGAGUCUUUAUCUUGCUUCUGCUUUCUGGUGAAAGAAAUUUUGGUGUACGGCUCAACAAACCCUAUACAGCUACAAUUCCGAUGGAUAUUCCUGUAUUCACAGGAACUCACGCGGAUCUUCUUAUAAUAGUUUUUCACAAAAUUAUUACCACAGGUCACCAACGCUUGCAACCACUCUUUGAUUGCUUACUCACAAUUCUAGUCAAUGUUUCUCCCUAUUUGAAAACGCUUUCGAUGGUUGCUAGUACAAAACUUCUCCACCUUUUAGAGGCUUUUAGCACACCCUGGUUCCUCUUCUCUGCAUCUUCAAACCAUCAUUUGGUGUUUUUUCUAUUAGAAAUUUUCAAUAACAUCAUCCAGUAUCAAUUUGAUGGUAAUUCAAAUCUUGUGUAUACUAUCAUCAGGAAGAGACAAGUAUUUCACAGUUUAGCAAAUUUGCCAAGUGAUUAUGGUGCCAUUGUAAAAUCGAUGAACAGAAAAGCUAAGACUCGACUGUCUAGUUCUACCAGUAAUGAUAAUGUAGCAGAAUUAGCGAUGGAAGGAUCACAUCCAGCUUUGCCUGCAGAACCAGGAACUUUGAAGGCAACUUUGCCAGAUACACCACAAAUUGGCCAAAUUACUGAAAGCGAAUCGGCACAUCCUGCAGCACAACAAGUAGAAACUUUAUCAAUAACAAAUGGUAUGGCUGCAGUAACUUUGAAUACUCCUUCGAAAACGACAGUUACUAUUGGAAAUGACAAUGAAGAGCAGACAUCAAGUCAAGAAAUUGUGCCUAAGCCAACCAGAAGUCCCACUAUAUCGGAAUCAUCUUUCACAAGGACAGUAAACACUAGAAAUAGUCUUAGGGUCACAGGACCAAAUGUUAGUCAGAAUGGGCAAUGGGUACCAACUGGCGAAUGGGUACAUUCAUGGAAAAGUAAAUUACCUCUACAGACAAUAAUGCGCUUGUUGCAAGUUCUUGUACCCCAGGUUGAGAAAAUUUGUAUAGAUAAAGGACUGACCGAUGAGAGUGAAAUUCUGAAGUUUCUGCAGCAUGGAACUUUAGUUGGACUAUUACCUGUGCCCCAUCCUAUUCUUAUAAGGAAAUAUCAGGCAAAUUCAGGUACCACAACUUGGUUCCGAACAUACAUGUGGGGUGUGAUCUACUUGAGGAAUGUUGAUCCACCAAUUUGGUAUGAUACUGAUGUAAAAUUAUUUGAAAUUCAGCGUAUUUAAAGAGUAAGACAUAGUUUUUUGAAGAUCUUUACUAGUUUCACAGAUAAAGUAAGUUUAAAAAAUUGAAAUAUCUUUAUUUAUUCAGUGUUAGGAAAAUAAUGAAAAUGUUGUUUUCAUUUCAAUGUGGUUCCCAAAUUGUUGUACCUGCAUCUGAUUAAAAUCAACAAUUAUUGAACCAGCAAAAAAAUUGUUCUACAAAAACUUUAAAAUCAUUAUAAUUUUGUCUAGUCUGUUUUCCUUUGAUGAUAGGAAGAUCUUUCAAAAAUAAGGCAUUAAUUUUCAUUGCUCAUUUAGAAUCACAAGAGAAGGUAUAGGGAAGAAUGAUUUGAUUAUAUCUAUUAUAAUGUAAUGAAAUAAACGUAUCUGAGGACUGUAUCGAGGAGAGACAGAUACGUUUAAAAAAAACCUACAGUGAAAGGUAGAACUGGAACUUCUCACAUAGAAUAAAUCUAUCACAAACACUUCUCUCGCACACCAGGACUGCAACACUCAUGAAGAGAGAACUCACGCAGUUGUGAUGUGUGGGGGUUGUGUUUUUGUUGUUGAGCAGAAUGAAACUUAUAAUAAUCUUGCAAUAUUCCAUGAAUAAUCAGUCAUGAGUGGCAAUUUUCAUCCUGCUGAGAUGGUCAAAUGUUAUUAAAAUCGAAGUAAAACUGUUGAAUUCUGCUACUCAAUAUACAAUCACCAAUCUCUGUUGAACCUUGCUAUUGAGUCAAGGGUGCUCUAUAUUGAGAAAUUUCUUUUAAUCAGGGUUUGAGGACCUUUCAGUUUAGACUGAAUAUAUCUGGGAACUUCAUUUGUCAACAAUCAAAACAUUACUGAGCUUUCAGUUUUCUAAUUUUUAUUAAGUCAUUCCAAUUUCUAAAUGAAAAUAGAAUAAUAAUUACCAGUUUUUUAUAUCUGGUAUAUUUUAUAUAUAGUAUGUUCUGUAUUGUGUAACAUUGUGAUAUAGCCGUACUUAAUGCAUUGAGAUUUUUUCAAGCUUCAUUAUGCCCUCUGUUUUGGUUUCAAACUACAAUUUCUAACACAAAAUUGAAUAAUCUAAUAAAAAUGCUAAAAAUAAUAGUUUUCAGUUAUGAAACCAAAACAUAUAAAUAGCAGUACUAUACUUUUUUUUAAAAUAUCUGUAGGGUACGCCAAAAGUUUGGGAAAUAUCCAAUAUUUCUGUGUGCAAAACGUGUUUCUUUCAAAUUCGGUAAGUAUUCCCAUUAAUGCUUUACUCUGAAUUGUCACCUAACCUAGAUUUCUAAUAAUAAAACACUACUUUUUAUUGUGUAUUUAAAAAAUACGCUGUUUCCCAUGAAAAAUUUUUUUUAACUAUUCCUCUAUUGAUCCUAUGAAACAAAAUUAUUUAUAUGAGGGAUUUCAAGAGAAUUAGGAAAUACUUAUGGCUGAACCAGCAGUAACAAAAAAAAGUUUUAUAAUUAAUUAAUGUUUUGUUCAUUACUGUAGAGACAUACCAAAUUUGAAUGAAAUAUGAAAACAGAUAUAUUUGAUUGUUCUGGGUCCCUUUGUAUAUAUAGUAAUAUAAUUUAUAUGGUAUGAAUCAUUUGUUAAUGGAAAGUAAUGUAUACCAAAGACAAUGUAUUCAUUUUUUCUAUAGAAAAUGGUUUCAGAAUAAAUUUGAAAAUCUCAAAAAUUUCCAUUUUAUUAAAAAUCUAAGUGUCUUAUUCAUAUGAAAUAUUUUAAUUGAGCAUUUAUUGUAAUCAUAAGACUGUAAUACAUGCUUUACUAGAACAAUUAUGUAGUUUUGUAAUAUAGUUACCAAGAGUUAGUGUUACUGUAUAUGUACCAUUAAAUGUUUUUUUAAUGUGA